AUGCUACUUCUUGGAACAAUUCCAACCUUCGAAGCCCAAACAAAUAUUGGAGUGAUUAAUUUUCACGAAUGGAUUGGAAAUUCAUGGGCAAUAUUAUUUUUUCAUCCAAAUGAUUUUACUCCAGUAUGUACAACUGAAUUAGCACGAGCAGUAAAAUUAAUGCCAGAAUUUCAACGACUUGGUGUUAAAGUAAUUGCAUUGUCAUGUAAUUCAAUCAUUAGAGUCAUUAAAUCUCUACAACUAACUGACAAGUACAAAGUUGCAACACCAGUUGAUUGGAAGAAAGGUGAUGAAGUCAUGGUUCAACCAACAGUCACUGACAAUCAAGCUAAAAAAUUAUACGCUGAUAAAUUGAAGAUCAUUCCAGUACCAUCUGGUAAACAGUACAUGAGAAUUGUUCCACAACCAGAAGACCCAUCAAUGUCAGCAAACUAA